ACUCAAAAACCAUUUGAAGAUUGGUGUUUUUCAACUAUUUUUUUUUCUGAAUUUAACGAGUUAACGUAGAAUCAAUGUGCAGCUUUGCUUUAGCAACACAACGAGAGCGUUUUAAUUUACGUCAACGUCACCUAGGUUGACAUUCUGCAUAAUAUAAAUCCAACAUUACCUUUUAUCCAAUGGAAAAUAACUUUAAGCUGCCAAUCUAAGUAUGAACUUCCUGAGCGAAAGUCAUGCUACGUUUAGCACAGACAAAUGUCCACCUAAAAUCCCUUGUAUUAUACGCAUAUAUCCAAAAUAUAUGCAUUGUCAAAUUUUCCAAAUGCAUAGCUAUGGCCUUUUUAAAGUCAACAUACCAUUGUUAGUAAGCAACUUUCAUUUUUGACUAAUUGUGAUAGGUUUGACAGUUUUUAAACAAUACCGUCCCAUCGAGACUGUACCAAGUGGCGAUAAUCCUUUUUAAAAUUAAAAAUCAAAACAAAAAAAAACAACAACAACAAAAAAAAAAAACAAGAAAAAAAACAACACUUUACAAUAAAUAUCUAGUUUGAUUAUAGGCAAGCAGAGAGCAAGACAGUACUUUCAAUAUUUCAAUUUACAUAAUUUACCAUCAGUAAUGAUUAUGUUGAAAGUCGAAAAAAACACCGUUUUUAAAAUGUAAACAUCUCGCCAAUAUUUGAAUCAAAACAUAUUUAACACUUUAUUUUAACGUCACUCUGGCACAUAUUACAUGUAUGUUACAUGAUUAAUGCUCCAAUUUACACCAUGAUUACCACGUUCUCCGACGCUUAACACAAACUAGGAGUUAUUUGCAUUCGUCAGCAUUGAGCCUCACGUCAUCUAAUUAUAGUCACUAGCUGUUUCAAAGCUAUACUCGUAUCUUACUUUGCUCAUAGUAGCCUUGGCCAAAACCAAAUAAAACCCCCGUAUUUCUUUUAUCAUGUACAUUAUCUUUAACAUUUCCUGUUUGAUAGAUUGCGUAAGCGCACAAUGUUGAUAAUUUUAAAAGCGAUACGACCUUUAGUUGUUCAUUGUAUCCCGGGUAUCUAUUAUUAGAACCACAUUGGUUUUCCAGAUGCUAUAUAUACUACCCGUAAUGCGCAUAUCAACAGUGGAAAAUCGGAUGAUAAACGUUUAAAUGAUGUCAUAUUUUCAUAAAUAAUAAUAUACAAAAGUUUCAAUGUAGAAACAAGUUAAUGCUUUUUUCAUGUGCAAACCUAUAUAGUAUGUUAUAUUUUGCAAACGGAUUUAAAAUAUUCAAAGGAGAAUUACAAAAUAUAUUCCCGAUUAUAGAAUGAUACCAGGUGGUACGUGUUAAUUAAUGAAUAGGUUUGGAAAUCAUUUCAUUUGAAAGAUGUCAGAAUUACGAAAAGAUUCAACUGUCUAUGUAUGUUAAUCGAACGGACUUUCGUUAGAUUUGUCUAUUUACAUUUACAAGGCAGGAAAUUCACAAAUUUUAAAGAAGUUGCUAAAAUAUGGAAGAUAGUGUUUGAGGUUUGCUCUUAUUGUGACCUUUCAUUUUGAGAAAUAGUGUUCAACGAAUAUAGCUAAUUUGCAAACGAAGGCAAUUUAUCCGAAGAUGUCCUUACAUAUUUCACAUGAAACAGACACCAAGAGGUCACGGCGUAAUGAGUUUCUGUUGGCAGUGGGUCCACAAACUCUAAUAGAAGUAAUCAGAAUGAGACAGUUAUUCCAAACAAGUAAAUUGGCACACGAUGAUCUGAGGUUAUUUUCGCUGAUAAAAAGCCAAUCAGAGAAUGAAACUGCCGGAACAAGUAACGGUCAGAAGAAUUACGAGGAACAUACUGGGACAGAGGUGAAUUCUGAGAAAUCAUGCGAAAAUAACGACGAUGAGGAAUCAUGUGAAGAUAAAGAAAAUGAGCAUAUAAAGAAACUGAUAGAUGAAUUGCAGUUAUUGGAUGACCAAAUAAAGAAAUACGAAAGUCAUGUGCCCAGGCGGUUGAGCGGUACGUCCACGGACAUCGAAUCGGAUAGAACUGUUGAAAACAGAAAUCAAAAUCGAAAGAUGACAAGAAAAAACUUUCUUAGUAUUGGUUCGGAAUCACCCAAAUUCAACGUAGAAGAUCUUAGUAUUAAGAAAGCAUGUCCAGCGCUGCACUCACCGCUGAAAGAAAAUCCUGACAGAUACAAACGUCCACGGGGAAAAAUAAAGUGUUGGUGGAAUAUAUGUUUGUUUGUCGACUGCCUUACAUUGCAAGUAGACAUAGUCGUUGCGGAUUGGCAGUUAAAUGUACGGAUUUAUUUACUAAAACCAAAUCAUCCUGCUUGUUCAACUUUGGCACUCAAUGAACAUAGAGUUAUCGAACGAAGUGAUAGAGAAGUAAGAAGUCCACAACUGCAGACCUAUAUCUGCCCAGAUGAAAGUGGUCUGGAGUCGAGUGACGUCAUGGAAGAUUGUCAUGUUAAACAGGAAAAGUGGGAACCAAGGAUGCCUUUACCUGAGAAAUUGUCAUACAAGGACAUAUCUGUAGCUGUUAGUGCAAUGAACUCUAAGGGUAGAGUUUGGAGAAUGUUUAAACCCUUCAUGGUUUGCCUUUUCAUGACAACCGUUUUUGGGUCAGGUUAUGCAGCCCAACCUGACACAGAUGUGUCAAACACAGAAAUGGUACAGUCAAAACAGUUACUUCGUACCAACACCUGUAACGACGUAACGCUCUAUAAUUCAAAAUCCACUUGUCAAACAAAUGACGAAUCACUUAGGCUUUUGAUUGACUUCUGUAAGUUCAGGGAGCUUUGCCAUACAGAUGAAGAGCCAGUUUGUAUAAAUGCACAAGGGACAGGGGUAUUCGUAUGUUUGAAGAAAGAUUUGAAAUGUGCAAAAGGUUAUCUGAUGACAGCUGUAAUGGAUGCAAUGAAUCCUGAUUUUGUUAAUCUGCAAGUACAAAAAUGCCCGAAAGGCACAUUUCAGUCACACGAAUCAGACUGUAUCCAUGCUUGUUAUGACACGCAUCGGGACCUUCAACACAUGAGUGAAAAGUACAUCGUGUAUUCUGAAGGUGACAACGAAUCACCUGCCGAAGUGUAUUGCAAUUACAGAGACGGGUAUUUCAGUAGAGAAGGUGGAUUUCUUCUUGAUUAUGAUUUGAAAGAGCAGUAUAACCAUUACUUCUGUGUGCAUACAAGUGACUAUCAGCAAUGUAAGGCAACACAAUAUCCUCUUCCAAACGGAACUUGCACGGGAUCAUGUGAGGAAGGAUAUUUUAGAGACGAUCACGACGGCUUCAGCUGCAAACCUAUUCAAAAGCAUAAAGUACAUAACAGUAGCUUUGUGACUGAGGUCACUUCUGGAAAUGGCAACGGAGAGGGAACAUCGACCACUAACGCCAAUGUUGAUUAUGAUCAGAAUAUAUCAACACCGAUGGUAAUCGUAAUAGUAGUUGCAGGAGUCUUUUUUCUUGCUAUUGUGUUUGCGUUUGUUCUGCUGUUCCGCAAGUACAAAGGUUAUACUUGUACGUUGCCAUUUUGCAAUAGAGAGAUACGUGCAGGGAGUGACAUUGGAGUAGAAGAAAGAACGCCAUCUACUUCGUCUGUAUCGGAAGGUGAGUAAAAUGUUGCAAAUAUACAUUGCACAUUGGUCGUAG